AUGGAUGCACAAAGAUAUGGAUUUAAUCUUCAGUUGUUGAAAAGAUCAACAGAUUUUCAACACAAGAUAAAAUCUGUAUCUCCAGAGUAUAGCAGAGAGAGUUGGAUGAAAGAAAAGUUCACUCUUGGUCUUGAUUAUACAAUAUAUUACAUCAGUGGUGAUAUUAAAGUUACACAAAGCAAUGCUAUACUGCAUGUCAUUGCAAGAAAGCACAACUUGUGUGGUGAAACGGAAAAGGAAAGAAGCAUUGUUGAUAUGAUGGCUGAGCAGUAUUUUUCAGCGAUCUGUCCGUCUGUCCGUAACAAGAAGGAAAACAAGAAAACCUACCUCAACAAUGUUCCCAAGACUAUCGAGGCUAUUAGUGAUUUUCUUGGCGAGAAGAACUAUCUUGCUGGGGACAAGGCAUUACCAAAAAUAGCAGAAUACAUGAAAAGUGACAAGUUCAUGACGCGACCUAUCAACAAUCCCAUGGCGGUGUUCAGAUAGCUAACACGAUAAUAUACUGUAGUUCGGACCAUAUCAUUUCACGGGUUGUACAAUCUGUAGRAUAGUCAUCUCUGAAAGUGUGAUGAGCACACUAUGCACUGUACAACAAUCAUUAGUAAAAUAGAAUCUGUA